AUGGCCACAGUCGCGAAAGUGGGUGAAGGCAUCUUUAACCACCCAGACUGCUUUCAGACGCUUACGCCAAUUUCGCUCAACCUGCGCAAGCAGCGCGAGCGCCGCGCCGCGCAGCGCGCUGCCGAGGCUCAGGACGCGGCUCGCGGGCAGCGCAACCGCCCGGCGCCGAGCCGGUGCUAG